AUGACCAGCCCCCCAAAGCCAAAACUGGAUCAAGCAAGAAGCCCGCUGCUGCCCCCUUCGGUGCCAGCAAGGCUACUAAGGCUAAGAAGAACCCUCUCUUCGAGGCCACCCCCAAGAACUUCGGUAUUGGCCAGGACAUCUGAUCUGACCCGCUUCGUCAAGUGGCCGGAGUAUGUCCGUCUUCAACGCCAGAAGGUUAUCCUCCACCAGCGACUCAAGGUCCCUCCCGCCAUCGCCCAAUUCUCCCACACCCUCGACAAGAACACCGCUACUCAGUUGUUCAAGCUCCUCAACAAGUACCGUCCUGAGAGCAAGCUGGAGAAGAAGGCCCGUCUUACGGCCACCGCUGCCACCGCCGCUGAGGGUAAGGACAAGGAUGCGAAGGAUUCGAAGAAGCCUCUGUUCGUCAAGUACGGUCUCAACCACAUCGUUGCCCUCAUCGAGGCCAAGAAAGCUUCCCUCGUUGUCAUUGCUCACGAUGUCGACCCCAUCGAACUUGUCGUCUUCCUGCCUGCCCUCUGCCGCAAGAUGGGUGUCCCCUAUGUGAUCGUCAAGGGCAAAGCUCGUCUCGGCACCGUCGUCCACAAGAAGACCUCCGCUGUCCUCGCCGUCCAGGAAGUUAGGAGUGAGGAUCAGCGUGACCUCGCCACCCUUAUCAGCGCCGCCAAGGCCAACUUCACCGACAAGUACGACGAGGCUCGUCGUCAAUGGGGUGGAGGACUCCGUGGCAACAAGUCGACCCAGAUGCUCCGUAAGCGUGCUAAGGCUGCCGGCCAGAGUACCACCAACCCCGCUCUUGGCAAGCUCUAA